AUGCCCUAUCGUGGUUCAUCAAACAAUCGUGGGAACUUUAACUCGAAACGAAGGAGGAAUGGUGAUUUUAGAAAUGGUAAAAACAACAAUUCCAAUCAAAAUAGAGUUUCAAAACCUCAACCUCAACCUCAACGUAAAGAGAUUGUUUUACCCAUAAUUACAAGUGUAUUUCUUCCUAACCAAAUUCAACAAACUUCAAGAUCUGAAAGUAAUUUAGUUAGUCCCAUGGAAUAUAUUUUAUGGGUUAAAAAGGGACACGCAAAUAUUCUUAGACAAGAUAUACCAUUAUAUAAUAAACCUUUAGAUAAACUUUCAAAUGAUAGAAGAACAGAAGCAGGGAAAUAUAUAGCAAUGGAUUGUGAAUUUGUUGGAACUGGUCCAAAUGGUUCAGUUUCAGAAUUAGCAAGAGUAACAAUUGUUAAUUAUUAUGGACAUGUUUUACUUGAUGAAUAUGUUUUACCACAAGAUAGAAUAACUGAUUAUCGUACUUGGGUUUCAGGUAUUCGUCCAGGAGAUUUAGAUGAUGCAAUAACUCUUUCAGAAGCACAAGAUAAAACUCUUGAUAUAAUAAAGGGAAGAAUAUUAAUUGGUCAUGCUUUAGAAAAUGAUUUAGAUAAAUUAUUUAUAAAACAUCCAAAUAAUAUGAUUAGAGAUACUUCUAAUUUUCAUAUUUUUAAACAAGGUGGUAGAAGUAAUCCAAGUUUGAAGAAGCUAAGUUCAGAAUUUAUGGGGAUUGAUAUACAAACUCAUGAACAUGAUCCAAUAGAAGAUUCAAGAGCUACUAUGUUAUUAUUUAGAAUGUAUAAAUUUGAAUUUGAAGGACAUGCUCGUAGAGGGAAAUAUAGUUAG